AUGAUGAUGAUGCUUAUGCUUCUUCUUUCGAAGAGUGCAUGUAUCUAUCCAGAGUUCAAGCAGCUUGAAACUACUGAUGUGAGCCUGAAGCAGUCAGAUGCUUGGCCUGCAGAGCCUCGAGAUGCUUAUGAUUUGGAGAAACUUGCAACGGAGGAGUUGUGCAAGCAUUACAACAAAGAUUUUGGCAUUGAGUGCCGUAUUGGAAGGUUCCAUAACAUUUACGGUCCUUUUGGAACAUGGAAAGGUGGGAGAGAGAAGGCUCCAGCUGCUUUCUGCAGAAAGGCUUUGACCUCAACAGAUAGGUUUGAGAUGUGGGGAGACGGGCUUCAAACACGUUCAUUUACCUUCAUUGAUGAGUGUGUUGAAGGUGUACUCAGGUUGACAAAAUCAGAUUUCCGUGAGCCGGUGAACAUUGGAAGCGAUGGGAUGGUGAGCAUGAAUGAGAUGGCAGAGAUGGUUCUCAGCUUUGAGGAAAAGAAGCUUCCUAUUCACCACAUUCCAGGCCCUGAAGGUGUUCGUGGCCGUAACUCAGACAACAAUCUUAUCAAAGAGAAGCUUGGUUGGGCUCCAACAAUGAGACUGAAGGAGCGGCUUAGAAUAACCUACUUCUGGAUAAAGGAACAGAUUGAGAAAGAGAAAGGUGGUUGGGACUCAAGCACCGGUUCGGCUAGGCUCACUUCGAGCUGCUGA